AUGAAGCCUGUUGCCACUUCCUCUGGACAGCUCACCUCACAUGUACAUCAGCUGUCGCUCGGGUCACCCCGUUCUGAGAAUCCUAGUUACUUGGCUCUAACCGAUCACGGCAAAACGAUCAGCACCUCGAUGUUCGUGGCCACUGAUGCCCGACUUUCUAUCGACCCAAUGGACCCCAGCCUUCUACGAGCGACAAGCUGCCCAGCCUUUCAAGGGGCCGAGAUUCACCGUGUCUCUCCAGUCAAUCCAAGUGUUACCAGUAGUGCCAAACUGCAAGGGGCUCUGGCUCAGUCUCCCUCCCUCGAGAAUUUGCCAAACGAGGUUUUGUUUCAUAUCAUGGGUUUCUUGGACGUAAACGACCUGCUUUCAACGUCGAGACAUGAUCCUGUAGUGAAAGAUGUCUGUGAUCCCGGGCUGAUGCAGAUACAGACAAGCCACCUUCUUCGCGAUAUUUCACAAGCCCCUGUUCUUCACUAUUAUCGACUUCAACGAGUCCGAACAGAUCUUCCAUCACGUCUUUGGUCGCCGUCUCGUCCAUCCCUAGCUGACCUUAUUGCACGUCACAUUUUCAUGACGCGUACUUCAAUAGUUUCUCGACGCUUGGCUCGAUCUUUAGUAUCAAUCCGGUUGUCUCGACGACUGGCAACAAGGCCUUCAGCCGCAUCUUUAGUCGAGCGUUCAGUGUUGCCAAAAGAAUGUGUGCCUGGCAUGGCCUCAGUGCAUGUUGCUCCGGCACUAGUAGCCAAGAAGAAGGCAGUGGAGAAAGAAAGAGUUAAGGACGGCCUACGUCAAUGGAUUGCGUAUAGAUGGAAGCGUGAAGUCAAGGAGCGCCAGGACGGUGUUAGAAAGUGGGAGGAGAGCCGUGGCAUAGGGCGUGUAUGGCGGCUUCGUAGAUUUUGGGAGCGAGUCGGCCGUGGUGAAGUACGAAGUGACCCUCAGUAA